CAGGAAGAAGGCUGAUCGGGUUACACAGCUGCAGGGGAAGCGCAGUUUAUUCCUGAUGGCAGAACGAAAGUUUUUGGUGGCCCAGCUGACAACAUUUUUAAGAGAAGAUCGGAUACAGCUAUGGAAAGCUCCGUAUACCACAGAAACGCAAGAGACAGGUCCUGAACUCAAAGAGCUUUCGCAAAGAUACUCUGACCGGCUGAAAUACAAUGUGGAGGACAUCACCGGCGCUCUGGAGGAAAUUCGCUGUUGCGCAAUCCAGCGUGGAACUGGAAACCAAACGUUUAAGACAAAGGGAGUGGCCACUCUGCAAGUUUUCCUGCCAAGGAAACAGAAUAAGGGCUCCAGAAACUUCAUUGAGACUUCCCUAAAUGUUACUGGAAAGGAGCUGAGGAGUCAGAUAGCACAAACAUAUGGAUUACAAGAAGAUUACAUAAAAAUAAUCAUUAACAAGAAACAGCUUGAAAUGGACAAAAUGCUGCAGGAACAAGGCGUCAGCCACAACAUCAAGGUGCUUGUCCUCGAGUUGCAGUACACAGAGGAGGAGGCCAAAAAGCGAACGCACGAAGAAGAAAAAGAAAGAGAAAAUGCAGAGAAAAGAGACGAGAAUAUAAAGAAGAAGAUGAUGCGCACCAAGAAGGGUCUGGAGAUCUUAGCUGAGAGGGGUGAAUCAUAUGACUCAGAAAGAGCUCCGUACCUUGAGAUAGCCAAUCAAACAGGAAAGCCGCUCAACAUUCCUCAAGCUGCAAAAAAGGCGCUGAUGCUUGCCAUGGGCUAUCACGAAAGGGGGCGAGCAUUCCUGAAGAGAACAGAAUAUGCCUUAGCGCUGCCCUUUCUCCUGGACGCAGACAAACAUUUCUGUGAGUGUGGCAGCGAGCUGCUGAAUAUGGUUGAUAAUUAUGCCGUCCUCCAACUUGAUAUUGUGUGGUGCUACCUGCGCCUGGAGCAGCUGGACUGCCUGGAUGAUUCAGAGAGCAAGCUGGACAUAGCCCAGAAGUGCUUCAAUAAAUGCUACGGAGAGAACCACGAGCGGCUGGUCCAUAUCAAAGGAAGUUAUGGCCGAGAGAAAGUGCUGUUCCUAAGGCUUUAUCUGCUCCAGGGAAUAAUAAGUUAUCACAGCGGGAGAGCCCAACAGGCAGCAGAGAAGUUGGCCAGGGCAAAAAGCUUAUACAAUGAGCUCUCUAUAGACCCCAGCAAAGUUGAGACCUUAUUACAGCUGGGCUUCUCUGCACAAGAGGCUCGCCUGGCUCUCAGAGCCUGUGAUGGCAAUGUCGAACAUGCUGCAAACCACAUUGAAUGCAAAAGAGAGGAAAAAGCCAAACUUAAAAAGGAAGAGAAGGAGAAGAGGAGGAAGAGACUGGACAAGAUAAAUAUCCUGAGAGGCAUGGGGUAUUCGGAACGAGCUGCGGCAGAGGCACUCAGCCAAACUGGAGGAAACAUUGACCGGGCUGUUCAGCUUCUUCUUGAUGCCCCAGAACAAUUAAUUCCAAGUGGUAACCCAGCUAGCAGCAGUUCCUACCAGGUUCCACCGGAGAGUGUUGAUCAGUUGGUGUAUAUUGGCUUUAGCCGGGAAGCAGCGGAAUCCGCCCUCAGACUGUUUCAGGGUAACACCGAGCUGGCCUCCCAGGUCCUGGCUCACCACCAGGGAACUCUGCCGUCUCAGCUGCUGCAGGAACUGGAGAAAUCAUCUGUGCCGUCAUCCUCCGAGGCUGCAGGGUCGAGUUCCUCCAGCGCCGAGGAGGGGGAUAUUGAUCCGGUGAAGGAGAUUUUGGACGACAUUCCAGAACACGAGGAGGAUUAUCUGGAUCUGACAUUAGAGGAGGAAGGAGUCGCGCUCACUGAGUAUCUUUCUUACUUAGAGAAACUGUAGCCUGUGCCAACAUGGCUCCCAAACCUUUAUAUGAUCACUAGGGCUUUUAUACCAGAGUGCUGGCCAAUCAGCGCCCUUUGUUUUUACUAAACCCUCACCCUUUCCCGCCUGUAACAUCUCUGCCCAGACAUUGGUCUUCCCCUGUAUCCUGCAAGAAUGUUCCAUACGUGUUGCCAUUGUGUUUCACUCCGCCUGUCCAAUAGGGUGCGCUGGCCAGUCUAAUGGGGAGGAUUAUUUCCUGGACAAUCUAGUUUGACUAGCCAGCAGAAAAACAUGGCUUCCCUUCUUCUGCCUCUUGCCCAUUCAAGGGGUGGGACCAUUAAAACCCGUGCGGAGUGAUGUAACCCAAAGCAACAAAUCAUCAGCGUUUAAAAGCAAGCUUCUGAUUGGUUGCAUUGUACCUUUAAAGUGUUAUACGCCCGUGGGGUCAGUUUUUUCUCAGCGUGGAGAGACUGGGCAUGCCUAAUAUACAUUAAAGAGACAGACACUCACCAGCUGUGUUAGAAUAACAACCCCCAUCACCCUCAGCAGGUAGCUGUGUAUCAUGGGAGUUUUAGUUCAGCAAUAUUCUAAGGGCUAAGGUUGAAUAUACCUUCUCUACUCCCUGUAUGUGAACCUGUAUCAUCGUUUUAGUGUAGAGAAUAUGGACCUCCUUUGGGGGGAGAUUCCCCUGGUCCCGGCAAACUGAUACCAGCAGGGAAUUAGAGCGCCAGGCUGCCAACAUAAGGCAGGAGGAGUGCAGUAAUAAAGCAUUUCCAUGUGACAUACUAUAAGAAAUAGAAUAUGUGACUUGCACAGAUUUAUUACUCCCUGCCGUUGACAGUUAGUUCCCCUUUAAAUAACCCAUUUUUCCUUCUUUAUCUGAUUUGCUCUUCCUCCUACAGUGCCUUACAGUGUUCUUUAUGGGAAUGAACCCAUCAUAAAUCUAUGAAAUACACCUUUAUAGGGUUUUUAUCAAUGGUGCUCCAAAUUACAGAGCAACCCCAUAUCUGGAAAUGUAAUAUCCUAUUUCCAGACCUUUGUAUAUAUGUUUAUAUAUAAUAUCCAGCCUGCAUCUCAUCAGCAACAACGCCCAGUAUGUUAAACACUUUGAAUGCUGGGAGUUGUGGGACAGUACCAGCUGUUGGGCUGGUCUGAUGGAUAGUGUUGUAGGCCCGUGUCAGACAAGAGAACACUGGGCAGUCUAUUUAUUAGUCACUCCUGCUCGGCGCCCCCUACAGGUGCCUUAAUGAUACACAGUGCCCAGUAGCACAUCGUUGUACUGAGAGUGGGCAUAGCAGCAGGUUACUGGUACCCCAAGUGCCUUGAUUUCUCCUCUUUGCAGUGUUUGUGGUGUUUUACUGUUUUAUGUAUGUUUAUCUGUAUUCCCUGCAGCACUAGGGGCACAGGGAAAUAUGGUGGCAUUUGCCAUGAGAAUAAACCUGUUGAAUGAA